ACAGAGGAGGGAGGACACGAUUAACCUUAGCUAAUAAUUAGCUAAUUAUCGCAACCUUUUAUUUGAACGAUUUAUCUUUUAUUCUUUAUAACCUCUACAUAUUACACAAGAGCUAGAGCAAAGUAAGCCUUUUCUCCUACUGGAGAUACCCCUAUAGCCAAGUUGUCAGGACCUGAAGGUAAUAGGACCCCUAUCAGAAGCACCUCAAGUACUCCUAUCUCCAAGAUCCCUGUGAGAAGCAUCACAGGCACUCCGAUCUUGUCUCUGUGAGAAGCACUCUUGAUCCUGUCUCCAGGAUCCCUAUGAGGAAGCACCCCUAGUGGGAGUAUCCCGGUUUUAAUUUUCGUGUUACUUCUCUGCCCUCGAAAAACGUGACAUUUUGCACCUCACGAAAAUCUCCCUCUAUACGGUAUGCACAGACAGAGCAUAAUUAUAUGCUUGUGGCCCAUUAGCUUGGCUAGCCUGUGCAAAUUGUUCACCUAUUAUCAAAUUAUUUAUUCAAACACUUGAUCAGUGUAUUAUUCAACUUCAUCAGCCUAUUAUUCAAAUUGAUUACAUCUAUUAUUCAAAAUAAUUAUUCAACUUACACAGCAGCAAAAUAAAAUUAUUAAUUAAGUCAUUAUUUUAGGUUUUGUACUAUAAUUAUAGUUAUUGCCCAGCACUCAGGCAUUAUGUUGCUCUAGUGCAAUUAGCUUCCUUCAGGAGAAAGAAGGCCUGCUAUUCUAAUUCAUGCUACUAAAUUCUUGGGUUUUCUUCCCACAACUAGUGGAAAAGGAACUGCUGUUGGGAGUCUGACCUCGACCUCCAUGCCCCUCUCAGCCAAUGGAGUCCUAACAUUAUGUCCAGAUGUUCCCCUCUCCAUCACCUGCUCACACAACAACACUGCUAGUGGUUCCACUCGCUGGAGGAUUACCGGAACCACCACACAAAACUGUAAUGCUCUUCUGAGUCACGAUCCCCCUGACAACGAGGCUUGUGGUCCAUUCAUAAUCACCUCAACCAGUAACAUGGACUCUGUACUGAGCUCCACUGCUGAAUUAGUUGCUGUCCCUGAGACACUGGAUGGAGCUAUGGUUGAGUGUUUGGACGGCGCUGGUAGUGUUGCUGAGUCCUUGGGGAUCAUCACUAUUCAAGUUGUAGAUCCCACCCCUACUCCUACUUUUGUGUUGUACUCUGUUGAUUCUGAAAUAUUAGGUAGCUUGACAAUUAAUGUGACCAGUAUCGGUGCUUAUGGUACUGGUGUUACUUAUUCUGGUACUGUGGUGAGAGGAAAUGGCUCAGUUCACACGGGUGGUAAUAUGCUCAAUGUGUCGGGUCUGGACUACACUUAUAAUCACAGUAUACAUAUUAUGGGUGCCAGUAAUGUGUGUUCUGGACUGCAGAGAAACAAUCAGUUCAGCUUUUCCUUCAACAUAUCAGAAAUUUCCAUCAUUAAACUGUCUCACUUCAUCACAUGCUCCAACCCCGCUCUUCCUAUCACCUUAACUUGGGACGUUGAUCAAGGAAAGCGAUUUUCCACUGAUUUAGCAGAUCCACUCCAACCUCCUGUGGUUGGUAUACCAAUCAUAAGCUUUGUGGGGGGUACUGUUAGCUCAGCUUCACCCUAUACCCUCUCCAACCCAAUUGUGGGCGACAUGUACAAUUUAACUGUGGCUGUUCGUAAUGCUGCUGGAGUGGCGACACGAACAAAUCUUAUUAAAGUUUCUGCAAUUGACAUUGAUGUUGGCACAGUUGCCAGUCAACGUUGCUUGAGUGUCAUCGUCAGAUCAGAAUGCUCCGAGGUUGUUACCUCAGGGGACUUCAGUGUGAUUCUUACAUAUUUGGUUGAGGCAUGUCAAACUGUAACCGACUUUGCCAACUCCCAAAGUGUGACUAGAGUAAUUACUACACCGGCUGGUGUGUGUAUCCCUGUGGAAACUAGAUCAAUCAAAGAACUUUGUUACACUGCCACUCUCAAGUAUCAAAGUACAACCAUUACGAUUCAAACAAACAUGGAAUUGCAAAGUUGUCUGGUAUUUGCUCUGACAGCUCAGUUGGGGUCAGGGGUCACCUUCACACUCAACCGUGCAGCCGACAACAGUGGAGCAGUAACUCACACCACUGUUGCCACACUGGGAUGUGCUAAUAGUGCUUUUAUACUCUCUAGAGAUGAGAAUGUGCUUUGUCGUGACGGUGUCUGGGAAAUAAAUGGAAAUAUCUCAUGUUCUGAAUUAUCGUUUGAUGUGAAGUUGAUACUAGCCCUUAUCCUAACGUUCCUGGUGACCCUGGUUGUUGGAGUUUCCAUUGGUGUCGUCAUUGUACUUGCAGUGAUCAAAUAUAGGAGGUCUAAGAAGAUAACUCCGCAACUGACUGAAACGGAGAUGAUACCACCACAGCCUGUGAUAUAUGAAGAAAUUAAACCAGACCCACACACUUGCAGGAACCUCGCUUAUGAGACAUUUAAACGUCAUGUGUCUGCAAAUCAGUAACCUGUAUAAGCAUGCAGCCUUAUAUACAGCUAGAACUCUAAGCUUUUUAUGUGUUUGUAACAAAGGCUAUCUGGCCUGCUAUUUAGUUAGAUUCAACUAGAUUACUUUCACAGUAAAUAUUGACAUUAACAUGUGUGUUCUUAUCACUAUCAUGUGUCAAUCACAUGACACUUACAUAAUACAUAAAUUAAAUGAAUAAGAUUACAAUGAAUAACAUAACUAGAAUAGGCUAUCAUCACAUGUUGUAAACUAUGUACAUGAUUCACAGUUUUCAGUAUCAAUCACUUUGCUUUGUUCA